UUGUAAUAGACUUGGAGACUGGAAUCAGUGGAAUCUUGAUGUUUCAAUAGUUCAAAGUUCAAUGUUUGGAUUUGUUUGAGAAAUAAUGAUGAGUGUAUAAUUUUUAAUGUUGUUCCAAAUUCCAAAAUGGAAUUCGAAAUAAAGAGUCUGCACAAAUUGAAAAAACUAGAGAACAUUUUAACUGAACUCAUUGAUAAAAUUGACUAUGAAAUAAUCCAAACAGAUGUGGAAUGGCUGCAUUUGAAGAGCAUAUCUGAAUCCCAGAAUUCAUCUGUUCAGGAAGAUGUACCAGCUACUCCAAGUACAAGUGAUAUGAAGCCAAGUAAAGAAAGUCUACGAAAAAUGAAGAUAGAAAUCAUGGAUGACCUGUUGAUAAAUGCUUCUCAACUUGAGCUUGCUACCAGAAAAAGUACUGUAUUGGAUACUCUGGAAGAAUUUGACAGUGAUUGAGUUUUGCUGGGAAAUGGAAUUAUAAUAUUUAUUAUCACUUUUCUCUUCAUGCAGUUGCUGCUAAUAAAGAUUAUUUUAAUUUACAACACAAUCUGAUAACAUGUAUGAACCUUUUUUUAAUGCAACCAUCCUAUAGGUACUUAAAUCAAUUUCUCAAGAUAUUUUAUUAGAUUGUUCAUCACUCUAUAGAGAAAAUCUCAAAAACUUACAGUAAUGAAUACCUCUUCCACCUCCUGGAGUAACCAUCACUUUAACAAACAUUGUUUAUGUGAUUUUUUAAUCCAUAUUCAUUCCAUAAAAAUAACAAAAAUUAGCAUAUAACAUUCAGAGAACUGCACAAAAAACCACUAGUGAUAUAAGUUCUUGAUCAUUCUAGGUAAGGUUUUGAAAUUUGUUGGUAGCAAAAGUAUUCCUAGAUAAUAUAUUUAUUAUCACUAUAUACCUGCUUCAAACAGAAGCAAUCCCCACUUUUCUAAAAGGAGGCCCUAUUGUUGAAAAAGUCUACUGAUGGGUAUUAUUUUUCUGAUAUAGCAUUGUACCCAAAAAGAAAUACAAACUAUGUAUAUCAUUUUGAAAUGGGAAUAACAUGAAUACUCAAACAAUAAUGGCUGGUAUUGUGUUAGUAUUAUACAAAUUAAUAAGUCAAUUCUACAUUUUAUUAUGAUUUAAUAAAAUGUGAAAACAGAAGGAAAACAAUAUUGAAAUUCAUAAAGUGUGUCAGCAUUGAUCAUUUCUUUGAAUAUUAGAAUAUAUUUCCAUCCUCUCAUGAAUUUGAAUUUGCAGCUUCAAGAUGAAACAAGUCAU